GCCAAAUACUGAUGCAACUGCAACGCUGCGUUUUAUGACACUGAUUCCGUCACCAUCUUCUUCCACGAUCGUGUUCAAAUUAGGGUUUUUCAGAGUUUCAAUGUUCCCUCACUUCUUCACUCACAUUUCUGAUUACGCGUUUCCAAUAACCAAUUCUCGAAGUUCAUCACAAUUUCGUUACCAUAUUUCGACAAAUCAAUAGCUUUGUUCAACAAGUGACAAUGGCUUAUGUUGAUGAGGAUGGUACUUCUGGCUCUGGAGAAGAUUUGAAUAUGUUGGAUGGACACAAACGUCGCCCUACUGUUGUUGUUCCAUCUGGUUCUGGUGGCCGGAAACGGAAGGCUACCGGGGAUACUAUAGUUGAUGCUAUGCUGGAGAUAGCAGCUGCUUCGAAGAUGAGAGCAUCUGCAAUUUUGAAGAAUGAGGACAUGUUCUCUAUUAGCAAAUGCAUUAAGGUGUUGGAUAAGAUGCGAGGUGUUGAUGAAAGAGUUUAUUUUCAUGCUUUGGAUUUGUUUGAGAAUAGUUCUUCUGCCCGCGAGAUUUUCAUCUCUAUCAAGAGUGGAAAGAGAUUGCCAUGGUUGCAGUGCAAGUGUGGUGUCCCCUUUGGUUGAAAUUGUUAAUGAAAAUGUUUUGAUUAUCAUGUUGAAUAGGUCUCAUAACUCUGUGUACAGUCAAGUAGAUUGAAAUGGAAUUGUGUAUAUGGAUUUGGAAUUUUUGAAUGCUAAUGGAAUAUGUUGCCCUUUUCAUAAUGUCAAAUCUAUUUCUGUUUUA